AUGAGCCGCCUGGAUAGACUGCUCGAGACGGUGCGCCUACAAGAGAGAAAAGAUCGCGCGGAAAGAGAUCGACUUAAGAGUGAGAUUGUGCGCCUAGACCAAGAGCUUGCCAGACUCAAGAAGGAGCGCGUCAGCAUCAACGCGCGUCUCGAAAGGCACGACGCGAUCAAGCCCAAGCUCGAAAGCCAUGUCGCGACCAAAUCGCAGCUCGAGGCUGACAUUGCCCAGCUGGACGUGGAUAUGAAGAAGCAGCUUGAGCCGUGCAACGUCUCCAGCGGCUCGUCGUUCAAAAGGUUCUUCCAGCAAGCGCAGCCUAUCAUUGAGGCGUUGCUGCUGCAGCAGGAGGAGAAACUCAAGUGCGUGGGCGAGCUGGAAAGGAAAGAGCCGGCCCUGUUUGAUGAAAUUGAUGCAGAGGACAUCUACCUUCCGGAGUCAACGCCAUUCGAUGCUGGAGUUGGCGAUGAAUCUGGCCCUGUAGAUCCUGGCGAGGACAGAGCUGUCCCGGACUCUGUGUCCAGGCAACCGGCAGAUGUCUCUUCCCUCUCGCUUUCAUCUUCUUCAGGGCGGCAAAAGAAACGUCGCCUGUCUCGAACAAAGGACAUCCCUCGAAAGGCCCCCAGGCUCGGAGAACGUUCGAUCGACAUUCACACAUUCUUCCAGAACGGCAAGAGCAGACACAGAAUCUUCCGGGCAAAUGGCGACGAGGAGAACUGGUGGAUCGUGUGGUGCAAGACACACAAGUUGAGCUUUACCACAAAGAACCCACUAGCCGGCGCGGGCAAGUAUUUACACUCCGACCGUCAUGGAGGCAUGGACAAGUCGAAUGAAACGGCCGUCGUGCACUUGGGGUACAAGGUGCUCAACUGCACGCCCGAGCUGGUAGAAGCGAAUAACCGCGCCGUCGAUGCUGGCCAAGACGGCCGAGAGCCUCACCUUCCACACAAAAGCAGACGCCGCGCUACGCUGUCGGACGAGGAUGAUGAUGAGGCCGAAUUUGUUCCCAAAGCGUACGCGAAGAAGCCUAUGCGGCGGAGAGCUGAUACCGCCUCGCAAGCCGUGCUCGACCCUAAACCUGGUGAAGUCUAUCUUGCCUGGAUAGGACAGAACUUCAGGGCGGCAAUCUGCUUGCCACUCCCGCCUAGUGUCGACGGCACUGGCAUUUCGGAGCUGCAGGUGCAGAGAGAAGAUCUGGCGAAGGAAAUGGAAAGCGAGCCCCCUAUUUGCUACAGGAAGAAGACAGAUGGCGGAUUCGCCUGGGCCACGGACUACGAGGACCAUGGGCCCAAGGUCCAAGGGCGGCAACAUCCUGUGGUCGUCAUCAACAAUAGCAAUAUGAAGAAAUGGACGCGAGCCUGGAUUCCAGCAAAUAGUCUCUUAGAACUCGACAAGACCGAUCCAUCGUUGCAAUCCGUCGCGAACCGCAGCGUUGUCCUCACAGAGUUGCGCCGAAGAAAGGACCUUGAGUGGGAUGAGAGUGGGAGAAUACACAAAAUCGCUAGUUCCGGUUCUGUUACAGACGCGCCAUCUUCUCACGGUUCACCGAGGAAUCAAGCAGAUGUUCUCGGGCAGGAUGAGAGUGGGAGGAUGCACACAGUCGCUAGUGUCGUUCCUGUCACCAACGCGCCACCUCCUCACGCUCCAGCGAGGAAUCAAGAGGAUAUAGAUGAUGAUUUCGUUGACGAGCAUGCAAGAGGAGAGAUGAAUGCUGUGGAAGAAGCCCAAGGCCAGGAUCGAGGCAGCCCGGACGCUGUGCAUGGCGAGGAGCAGACUACAGAUGCAAACGUCAACGACCAGACAAUCAAAACCAACGUAUCGGAAAGUGAAGGGAACAUCCAACCAGCCGAGGAGGCAGACACAGCGGGCAAAUCACCGACACCAGACCGCUCCAGGAGCAGCAGUCCCGUCUUCGGGUCAAUGGAGGCAAAGGUUGAACCACCUGAUAGCUCCGACGAGAGCCAAGUCGCGGCCACGCACAGCCUAUUCGGGUUGUACCCAAGGAUGCGUAGUCCUACCACCUCUGAGGCCAUGGACACUAACGAUUCCAUGGGUGGUGAGGAUGGGCAGCUCACGCUCACAGGCAAGGCGCCCCUGGCUUCGAUGGAGACUAGAGGGCUUCUCGACGGCCAGUCCGUCCUGUUUUCACACUCGGACUCGGCGACCGCCGUAUGCAAGUACGCCCGUGGUACGACUGCCGUCGCAUAG